AUGUUCGGCUGUUGUAUACCUCGGGAUCAAUCAAAACGAACGAACAAAAGGAUUAAUGCAUCAUUAGAACGAGAUAGAAAAGAAAUGCAUGCUGAAUCGAAAUUACUUUUACUUGGUGCGGGAGAAUCUGGAAAGAGUACAGUAGUAAAGCAAAUGAAAAUCAUUUUUAAUGAAAAUGGUUAUACGACAGAAGAAUGUCUUCGUUUUAAACCUGUCAUUUUUUCUAAUACAAUUCAAUCAAUGUUAGCAAUUUUACAAGCAAUGAAUCGAUUAGAGAUAUCAUUCGCGAAUCCUAUUCGACAGAAAGAUGCUGAACUUGUUUUUGCUCAUAUUCAAUUAGAAGCUAAUCAUGAAAGAUUACCAGCAAAUAUUGGUAAAGCUAUGCAAGCAUUAUGGAAUGAUCAUGGUGUUCAAAGUUGUUUUUUACGUGCUCGUGAAUAUCAUCUUAAUGAUUCAGCAGCUUACUAUUUUAAUUCACUUGAUCGACUUAUACAAUCUGAUUAUAUUCCUACGCAACAAGAUGUUUUACGUACUCGUGUUAAAACAACCGGUAUUGUUGAAACAACAUUUACAUUAAAAAACCAUAGAUUUCGGGUUGUUGAUGUUGGUGGUCAAAGAAGUGAACGUAAAAAAUGGAUACAUUGUUUCGAAGAUGUAACAGCUAUUAUAUUUGUUAGUGCUCUUAGUGAAUAUGAUCUUGUCUUAGUAGAAGAUGAUAGUAUCAAACGUAUGCAAGAAAGUUUACAAUUAUUUAAAUCAAUUUGUAAUAAUCGAUUUUUUCGACAAGCUGGAAUGAUUUUAUUUUUAAAUAAAAAAGAUUUAUUUGCAGAAAAAUUACGUUUUUCAUCAAUACAUAUUUGUUUUCCUGAAUAUACUGGUCCUAAUACAUAUGAAUCUUCACUACAUUAUAUUCAAGAACAAUUUGAAAAAAUGGAUUUGCGUGAAAAACAUAAUGGUCAUGAACGUGAUUUAUAUACACAUAUAACAUGUGCAACAGAUACCGAAACAAUGCAAUUUGUCUUUGCUGCUAUAUCAGAUAUGAUUAUACAAACCAAUCUUAUUAAUGCAGGAAUUUUUUGA